CCCAGCAGUGCACCCACCUGUGCCCACCAGUGCCACCCAGCAGUGCCACACAUCUGUGCCCAGCAGUGCUAUCCAGAAGUGCCACCUACCUGUUCCCAGCAGUGCCACCCACCUGUGCCCACCCACCUGAGUCCACCAGUGCCACCCACCUGUGCCCACCAGUGCCACCCACCUGUGCCCACCAGUGCCACCCACCAGUGCCCAUCAGUGCAGCCCAGCAGUGCUGCCAGUCAGUGCCACCAGUCAUCAGCGCCACCUAUCAGUGCUGUCUAUCAGUACCCUUCAUCAGUGCCGCCUAUCAGUGCCACCUAUCCGUGCCACCACAUUAGUGCUGCCUAUCAGUGCCGCCUAUCAGUG